CCUUCGCCUCAGCAACAGCUGCUGCCUGCAGCCCCCUCCUCCUCCCGCUGCGCGGCUCCUUUCCGGGUCUCCAGCGGCCGCCAUGUUAGGUCGGGAUGGUGAACUCGGGCUCGGCUGAGGGGACCCACCGUCCGUCGCCUCCCCCUCCGCCUCCUGGCGCGCGUGGAAGUGCAAGCAGCACCCCUGCUUCCCGGCUCCUCCCCCUCCCUUCGGCCUGGGGUUGUGACGGAGCCUCUGGAAGCGGCGGAGGAGCGGCUUCUUCGCCCCAGGAAUCCCGGCCGGGGCUCAUGGAGCCGGCGCGGAGGGGCUGAGGGCGGUGGGAGCGGGGAGUCGCGACGUGGUCUCUCGCCGGCCCCUCUGCGGAGCGGGCAGCGCGAGUUGUAGCCGGGCCGGCUGGGCUCCGUGGGGCUUGAGGCGGAAGCGAGAGCGCCCUCCACCCGCUCUCCGGGAAGAGAGGGAGUAGCAGCGGGAGAAGCGAGGGGGCUCGCCGCUUCCCCUGGAGUCAGCGGCCGGGCGAAAGCAGAAAAGACCAUGGGUUGCAUUAAAAGUAAGGAGGAUAAAAGUCCUGCAAUGAAAUAUAGAACUGAGAGUACACCAGAACCCACUGCUCCCCAUGUCAGCCAUUAUGGGUCAGAUUCAACUCAAGCAAACCAGUCACCUGCAGUAAAGGGAUCAUCAGUUAAUUUUAACAGCCAUUCUGUGACUCCUUUUGGAGGGCCAUCUGUUAUGACGCCUUUUGGAGGAGCAUCUUCCUCGUUUUCAUCUGUGCCAUGUCCAUAUCCUAGUGGUUUAACAGGUGGUGUUACUGUUUUCGUGGCCUUAUAUGAUUAUGAAGCCAGAACAACAGAUGACCUUUCAUUCAAGAAGGGUGAACGGUUCCAAAUAAUAAAUAACACAGAAGGAGAUUGGUGGGAAGCAAGGUCUAUCGCAACAGGAAAGAGUGGCUACAUCCCAAGCAAUUAUGUUGCUCCUGCAGAUUCCAUUCAAGCAGAAGAAUGGUAUUUUGGUAAGAUGGGCAGGAAAGAUGCAGAAAGAUUACUAUUGAAUCCUGGGAAUCAACGCGGUAUUUUUUUAGUUCGAGAAAGUGAAACCACAAAAGGUGCUUAUUCCCUCUCUAUACGUGAUUGGGAUGAAGUUAGAGGCGAUAAUGUGAAACACUACAAAAUUAGAAAACUUGAUAAUGGUGGAUAUUACAUAACUACUAGAGCACAGUUUGAAUCUUUGCAAAAGCUGGUCAAACACUAUACAGAGCAUGCUGAUGGCUUGUGUCAUAAGUUAACAACUGUGUGUCCAACUGUAAAACCUCAGACACAAGGUUUAGCAAAAGAUGCUUGGGAAAUUCCUAGAGAAUCCUUACGGCUAGAAGUUAAGCUGGGGCAAGGAUGCUUUGGUGAAGUAUGGAUGGGAACAUGGAAUGGAACCACAAAAGUAGCAAUCAAGACACUAAAGCCUGGUACAAUGAUGCCAGAAGCUUUCCUGCAAGAAGCUCAAAUCAUGAAGAAAUUAAGACAUGAUAAACUUGUUCCACUUUAUGCAGUUGUAUCUGAGGAGCCAAUCUACAUAGUCACUGAAUUCAUGACAAAAGGUAGCCUACUAGACUUCCUUAAAGAAGGAGAUGGGAAAUAUUUAAAGCUUCCACAAUUGGUGGACAUGGCUGCUCAGAUUGCAGAUGGCAUGGCCUACAUUGAAAGAAUGAAUUACAUCCAUAGGGACCUUCGAGCAGCUAACAUCCUUGUGGGGGACAACCUUGUGUGUAAAAUUGCGGACUUUGGUUUAGCAAGGUUAAUAGAGGACAAUGAAUAUACUGCCAGACAAGGAGCCAAAUUCCCAAUUAAAUGGACAGCACCUGAGGCUGCACUAUAUGGUCGGUUUACAAUUAAAUCUGAUGUUUGGUCAUUUGGAAUUUUAUUAACAGAGCUCGUAACAAAGGGUCGUGUGCCAUAUCCAGGGAUGGUGAACCGGGAAGUUUUAGAACAAGUGGAACGUGGCUACAGAAUGCCUUGUCCUCAAGGAUGCCCAGAAUCUCUUCAUGAGUUAAUGAAACUGUGUUGGAAGAAAGAUCCAGAUGAAAGACCAACAUUUGAAUAUAUUCAGUCUUUCUUAGAAGACUAUUUUACAGCUACAGAACCACAGUAUCAGCCUGGAGACAAUUUAUAAACCCACAGCCUACAUUCAAUGCACAAAUCUGCCAAAUGUAAAAUAUUUUCAAAAAAUUCCUUGCUGAUUUGAAGAACUCAGAAGAAAGCAAAUAGCUGUCAUUUGCAUGCUUGAUGGCUAGCAAACUGGAAUUCCAUAAUACAGGUGCACAAAACCACUUUUUAAAGUGUUUUUCCCAAAUAUACCAAAUGAUGUGAUAUUUGUCUCCCUUAUUGCUUCAGGGUCCAAAGAAAGAAUACUUUAAAAAAAAUCCGUGGUACAGUUAGCAUUACCGUGACAGUUUGUGGGAGCAGAGCUGCUAACCUUCUUUUCUUCUUCUGACAUUCAUCCAUAGUAUUAAAUGCAAAAACAGCAAUUAUAGGACACCUCUAAAUGGAAAUAGUCAAAGGAUAACAAAGCUUAUGGGACCAAACAAUUCAAUUGUAGUUUUAUAGAAAUGUCCUGUGAUCAAAAUAAAAUCAGAUUAAAAAAAAUUACAGUCCUGAUUUGGGGGUAAUGUUACAUGAAUUUAAUUAAGGUAGGGAAAAUAGAAUUUUAAAAAGAGAGAGAGCAGACAGUUUAUGGUAAACUUGAUUAAAUAUUAGACCUCAGUAGUGAAACUGAGUAGCAUAAUGCACUGUGUUGAUACUUUAUGUUAAUGUAACUGGAAAGUAGCAUAUGGGCGUUACUUGUUUCAUGCAUAGCUUAAUUAACAAUGAUGAAGUAACUAAAACUAUGGUUAUGUUAAUGGACUGUAAUUUCAAACCUGAAACCACAAAUUUCAAUCAGAGGGGAAAGUAUAUAAUCUUUUGAGAUGUGUUCUUUCAAAGAGAAAAUUCUACUGACUCAUACCAGAGUUUUGUCUUUAGAUUUUUUGUGUGUUUAUUUUUGAGAAAAAGAAGAAACAACAUCUGGGUGAGAAAAAAAUGUGUCUGCUUCUUACAAGUGCUUCCAAGGUCACUAGUCACUAGUUCAGGGAUUUAUAUGGUUGCACUUUUCCUUUUUUUACAGAGAUGAUCAUAUAUGUAUACACACACACACACAAAAUCACAACAAAGUAUUUACGGAGAAAAAGUUGAAAACACUGAGUAAUUCAGUAUCUUCAGUACUGAACUAAUGGUGGCAAACCAUUCAUGGGCAAGUAGUCCAGCUUUCAAGCACUACAUUUAGGCUCCAACUAAAAAUGAGGAGGAAUGGAGCAGCAGGGGCUGUACAUGCAUAGCCUCCCCCCAUUAAAAAAAAAAAGCUUGAAAUCCUGCCAAUACAUUGCUGGGUGGGCAGUAGAGGACAGCAGUGGGCAAAGUCCAUCUCACUGUCAAGUAGCAGUAGACUGGGAUUUUGAGUGUACAAAAAAUGCUUUACACGGACUGUAGCUAGUGUAUCUAAUUGCAUUUUUGGUUCCACAUUCAGUUAAUGAUAUGCAUCCACUAGCUUUCUUCCACAUGUAUUGUCUCCAGGUAUAUUGGGGCAUAGAAGUAUGUUCCAUAAUCUCUGACAUAUCAAGCAAUAAAAUUCUAUUGACAUUGUUUGGAUUUACCAGUUAUACUCUAAAUAUUGUUUGUUUUGCACUGCAAAGCUUUCUGUGAAAAUAAUCAUUGUCAGACAAAUCAUACAGAUUAUGUUCUGGUUUAACAAAUGUAAGUGUUCAAGUAAAAAUAUGCAAUGUUACUCUGUUUUUCUUUAUAUAUCCCUAUCAGAUCUCAAAAGGGCUUAUGUAGAAAACAAUGUAUUAUGGGAUUGUAAUUUUUUAAAAAAUAUAUGUUGAUGGGUAGUUAAAAUUAUGUUUUCGUAACAGUGCAAUUGAAACAAAAUGACCAGAAUGCUAUUUGAUAUUGAUUGGAUUUUUAAUAAAUUGAACAAUUUAUUGUAAUGAAAUUUGUAUAGUAAGGAAAUAGAACUAAAUGAGUUGAUUUAUGAAAAUUUCUUAUAUAUUUUUUAAAAGUCUGCACAAUUAGCAACCAUAGUCAUUAUUUUUGGCUCUGUAAUAUUUAAUCUCAAGACUUCCUUGACAAAUAAUAAUGCAGCUUCAACACAUACACACUUUUCUAUAAAUAGUAGUACAUCUUAACAUGUAAUUAUGUGUCUAAAGCAUGAUACUAAAUUUGUUUUUUAGAACUGAAUUAAAAUUUAACCCUAAAAAAUGAAGUUUGUUUAAAAACAAAAACCUCAUUGGCUUCCAAGCUAUUUUGUUUUUAGAUUCGCAGUAGUAACAUCUCAGAACUCUAAAGGACUGAGUUUUCUAUUAUAUAGAUGUUUUAUUCUGGUUUCUUUAAAGUAGAUUUCAAUAGGAUUCAGAGCACAGUUUGGAGAUGUAAUGGUUUAGUUCAAGACAUUUUUCUGAAGGUGUAAGAAUUUCUUCAAAGAAAAUUUGGUCCAGUCACUCUGAGCCACUAAAUUGCCACUAAAAACAUUUCCCCACCCUGCAUUAAUUUUUUUAAAACAGUUACUUUGCUACAACUGUACAUUUGGGACAUUGUGUACAGUAGCGACAGUCAUUAUAUACUUAUUCGUGAGAUAUAUCAGGUUACAUAUCCAGUAGUAAUAUGGAUACUGUUUCAGUAUUCCACUGAAUAGAUCAGAGAGAGGUCUGCCUGGACAGUAUUCAUCAUCUCCAACAGAGGAGGAAAGGAGUGGAUUUAUUAAUAUAACAGUAUCCACACAACUUAAUGCUUGUAGAUUUUACACACACACCUCCCCGAUCUUUCCACAUAUGUCAACUCUAUUGCUAGACAGGGAGAAUGUUGCGCUUUGUAGCAGUUUCCUCUAUGUGUAGUGGGUAUUUCCACAUAUGGAUUUGGAAUUGCAGGCAGUGUUAUGUAGAAUUUCUGAGUAAACUCAAUUGAAAAGACUGGAUGCUACCAUUUUCUUAUGUUGCUUCCAUUCAUUUCGCUUUGACCUGUGAUGGAGAAGUUCCUGAGAGAGCGUGAUUGGAUAUAACCUGUCAGCCUCUACUUCCAUGUCCUACUCUCUUUCUAAUUUGGUUUGGUUGAUGAGUUGUGUUCAGUGUCUUCUACCACAACUCUUAUACAUCAAUCAAUGUUAUACAGCUAGCCCCAGCAUCUCCAAUGUAUAGAAGUGCCACUGUAUAUUGACUGUAGUACUGCUAGAACACUGUUUUAUAAACCUCAGAAAUGAUAAUGCAAACUUUUUUUACAUAUUUUCAGAUACUAUGUUGAAUUUUCAACACUUCCUUUACUGUAAUUAAUGUUUAUCAUUUAAUAAUAAUUUUGAUAUUUUAGCGGAAACAAUUAUGUAAUAUUUUUGAUCAAAACUGUACAGCAAGCCUUGCCCAUCAGUUUUGUCGAAGCUAUGUUGUGUGGUAAUCUUUCACUUUUUGUUCCAUUUUCCUGUCAUGCUGUGUUCACAAGCUUAAAUAUUUUUUAGUAUUUUAUUACUUUUGCAUAAUUAAACUUCCCAAAAAUAUAA